AUGGGUUCAAUUGUGGUGAGGGAAAUAAUGGAGAUUCCAGGGAGCGCAAGAGAUUCGGAUAGAGAAACAUAUAAAGAUUUUACAUUUGAUCAUUCAUACUGGUCAUUUGAUGACGCUGACGACAAUUAUGCAUCACAAGAACAGGUCUUUCACGAUCUUGGGACGGAAGUUAUCGAAAGUGCCUUUGAAGGAUACAAUGCUUGCGUUUUUGCAUAUGGCCAAACAGGUUCUGGGAAGACCUUUACAAUGAUGGGUUCGCCAGAAUCUCAAGGAUUAAUACCUCGUAUAUGUAAGACUCUUUUCGCACGGAUGAUAACUGGUAAAGAAAGUGGUGCGUCUUACAGAACGGAAGUCUCUUUUUUGGAAAUUCACAAUGAAAGGGUACGCGACCUCUUGAGAUCUGAUCAAGCUGUAUCGCAUUCUCUUCGGGUCAGAGAGCAUCCAAAGAGAGGUCCUUAUGUACAAGAUUUAUCCAGUCAUCUAGUUUAUGAUUACGCUGAUAUUCAGCAAUGUAUGAUAAGAGGCAACACAUACAGAACUACAGCUAGCACAAACAUGAAUGACGUUAGUAGUCGAAGUCAUGCUAUUUUUACAAUAACAUUUGUACAAGCCGGUUUCAAUGAAAACAAUAUGCCAUCUGAAACUGUGUCUAAGGUUCAUCUUGUUGACUUGGCUGGCAGCGAGCGAGCGAAUGCGACUGGGGCUACAGGACAACGGCUGAAGGAAGGUGCCCACAUAAAUAAAUCGUUGGUAACUCUUGGCUCAGUAAUUUCAGCUCUUGCCGAGCUUAGCUCAACAAGUGACGCUAAUUGCUCUAAGCGCAGUGUUUUUAUCCCCUACCGCGAUAGCGUCCUUACAUGGCUACUUAAAGAUUCACUUGGAGGUAAUUCCAAAACGAUUAUGAUUGCUGCAAUAAGUCCUGCUGAUUGCAAUUAUGGUGAAACACUCAGUACAUUAAGAUACGCUAAUCGUGCCAAGAAUAUUAUCAACAAGCCGACGAUCAAUGAGGAUCCAAAUGUCAAACUUAUUAGAGAACUCAGGGAAGAAAUACAGAAGCUAAAAUCACUCAUUGGCAAGGAUUUUAGUAUUGAAAGACCACAGGUUUUGCUCGCGCAAAUUCAUGAGAAGCAGGAACAGGAGAAAGUACUGACGGAGGAGUGGGCCGAGAAAUGGCGAGAGACGCAGAAAAUUCUUUCAGAACAACGUGCUCUCGGGCUUAGAAAAAGUGGUGUGGGUGUUGUACUCGAUUCAGAAAUGCCUCACCUCGUUGGAAUCGACGACGAUUUACUAAGUACUGGUGUCACACUGUAUCAUUUGAAGGAAGGCAGAACACUCAUUGGCACGAAAGAGGCAGUAUCUACACAGGACAUCGUACUUACGGGUAUUGAUGUAGAGCCGGAACAUUGCAUAGUAGAGCUUGAGGAUGGUGUGGCAACUCUGCAUCCGCUCUCAGUUCACUGCUGGAUAAAUACAGCACAAGUGGACAAAUUGACGCGACUUUCUCAAGGCUGCAUUAUACUACUUGGCCGCAAUAACAUGUUUCGUUACAAUGAUCCAGUGGAAGCAGCUAAACUGCGCAAGGAAGGCGGUCUCGGUAAUGGCAACCUCCAAUCUACAGUGGUCAAUCUUUCUCGCCUUUCACUCCUAAGUUGGAGCAUUUCGGAUUUGCGUACAUCGAGUUCUAAUGAUAAUUUAUUAAACUCCAGUGAGGAUUUAGGAGUCCUCGAGGAACUUGAGCAACAGAAAGCAGCUUUAAUUAAGGAAAAGGAAGACUUCAAACGUGAACAAGAGGAGCGAGAGGAGCGUUGGACGGCGCGGCGCGAAGCCCUCGAGGAGGCCCAGCGUGAGCUAGAGCGUGAGUGGGGCGCUCAAUGGCGCGAAUGGGCUGAGGGCAUCGUCGCCUUAGAGCGCCGUCAACGCGAACUGCACCAGCGGCGCCGGCUGCUUGAACAAGAACGUCGCGACGAAAUGACCCAAGUAAAAAGUUUGGGUAGGGAAGUCGCCUCUCUUCGCACCACUCUACAGUCCAAGCAUCGUCAAUUCCAAGAGUUCAUGAACAUACAGAAUCGCACGGAGCGAACCAGAACGACCACGAAGCAACAGACCGAUGAGGGCACAGAAAGUGAAGGGAGUUUACCUGAAUCUUGGUCGAAUAUUAAUGAUGACAAAUCAAUAGAUGCCAUAAAGACAUUCGUCAACAAUAACAAAGAACUAGCGGCACUAGAUUUUGAAUUGCAAAGAAAAAUGAAAACCCUGAACGUCCAUCAAGGCAAAAUCGAUAAAAUGGAUGAAGAAUUAAUGGAUUUAAUAGAAAAACAAAAAGAAAUCGAUUGUAUGAAUCAGGACGGCAUUUCAGACAAAAAGUUUUUGCUAGCAACUCGUUCCCAAGACCAGCUUGAAGAGAUAGUGCGACGUAAAUGUAGUCUGUCUUUAAAUCUGAAGCAGGCACUGCCUGCUUUCUCGAGAGACGACUUUUCAAAAAUCAGUGGUGCCGAAGGCAGCGAUGAAGGACUUUCAGAUUUAGAGCUCGGACCUAGUGAACAACGGAAGUGUAAAAUUGCCGCAGCUCUUAAUAUUGUAUAUCCGGAACUCGAAAGUAUCAUCGAUACUGCUGAGACCUUUCACACGGCUACCGCUAAUUCUCCCGACGUUCGUGUUCAAUUAUCAGUGCUUCUAGAUAAAGGAGUGCCGCACGUCGAAACUCAAUCAAAAAAUAAUAAGGAUAAUAAAAAUGACAGUGAACUGAACUUUCGUACUUCCACUGAAGACAUUCAAUUCUUUCAACAUUGUAGUUCUUCAUCUAAGGAUAAUAGGACCUGCUACGAAUCCAGCAGAGAUGUUGAGAUGAGCUCAUCAUCGGAGCUAGGUAUAAUAAAGCAGGUCGGUAUGACUCAAUUAACAUCAAGGAGGGAUUCGAUGAUUGAGCGCAGCCAAAUCAUGAAUCGUCUAAAUCAAAAGAUUGCUUAUCAGCGCACCCUUGUGAUGAAAUGUCUGGAGUCAAAUCCAUCAUCUAAAGAAGAGCUUAAUCAUCAAAUAAUCGUACUACAAGAUCUCCAGCAGCAGCAAAUCGAACUCGAAUUCUCGUUACUCGAGCAAGAAGAUAAAAAUGAGAGUGCCCAGCACAACAAAGCCUCAACGGAAAUUUUCAACAAAAACGUUUGUAAAAGACUGUCGAGAAAUUCAGAACCAGCAUCGAAUCUUUGUUAUGAUAAAGGAUAUAAGGAUGAUAAAAGAACGGCUGAAUUGAGCCAAAAUGAAUCAAUUGCUAAUAUAACAAAUUUCACCAACUAUGUUACAAGAUCUCGCUCGAGGCCGAGACAAUUGAACAAUGAUGAUAAGAAUAAAAAGAUCCGGAACAUCGUAUUAAAUCAAUCUUCUAGCAGAGGAUACUCUUCCGUCUAUCUAUCGAGUCAGAACCGGGGUGAAGGAUUAACGAGUCCGUACGCCCUGACGUUAACGCGCUCUUUACCAUCACUAAUUGCUGAUGCUGACAGUAUUAUCAAUGUGAUCAUAAGCGUGCCUUCGUACGUUAUACGAGGUGCCGGCACUUCCAGUCACUAUGAAUACGAAGUGCGUGUCAUUGCCACUGACGAUUGUUGGACCCUCUUACGCAGGUAUAGAAGAUUUCGGGAGUUAUACGUCAUGAUGCGUCAAACCUAUGGUACCAAGGUAUCGAGCAUCCGAUUCCCACCACGACAGAUGUUCGCGAGAUACGAGGUAAUAGCACGUCAACGUCGCAAGCGCCUCGAGGAAUAUUUGCGACAACUGAUUCAAAUGUGUUCAGAACUUCCCAAUUGUCAGUCCCUUCACAAAUUUAAAGGUAAUCUGAAUAACAUUGACAAGCAGUCAUUGCUCGAGUUUAGCUCCUUUUUUCGUCGUGGUACUUUUGAAAGCAGUAAAUACGGCACUAGUUAGAAUUGUUCGCCGAUGCAAUAAAUAAGAUUUAACUACGUUUCGUAGUUUUUUAUAAUACUUUUCAUACUUACGGCAGCAUU